AAUCGCUUUUGUUUAUAUAUGCAAUUCAUAAAGUAAAAUUAUUCAAUUACAGAGUUUUCGCAUAAAUCAUGAUAUCCUUUGAUCAACAUAAACUCAAAAAGAUUUUAUUUUUGUCUGUGUUUCUUUUUCUUCGAUUUUCCUUAUCGUUUCUCCGAUGUGCAACAAUACGAUUACGUACUGAAAUUUAUUUGUUUUAUUUUUCUUUUGAUUAUGUGAGGUUUGGUUUAUUUGAUGUGAAUGCUAUGGCUGAAUUCAUGAUGGGUUUUUGUGGUAAAGGGAGACAACAUAGACCAGAGAACUGCUUUUUUCUUCAUUGCCAUGUUGCAUCUCGCCUGAACUCAUCACAGUUUCGUUUACAUCUAGCUAGUUAUCGCCAUAUAUUUUACUGUUAGGACAUCUUAUUUUCAUGCGACGAAAACGCAAACUAAGUUGUGUGUGCGUUUAUCAAUUUCUUAGUUAACCAGUUUGUUUAGGAUCAAAAAUCAUCAACGUUGGGUUGCAAUCUAUACUGGAUUACACUGCUUUUGUUGUUUUGUGCAUCUUAUAUCAUUUCAGUUCAUUGUUUUUUAAGGUUUUACUUUCUGAGGUUUGGAUUUAGGUUUCUUCAAAAAAAAAUUCUACUAAGGACGAUGGUAGACAGUAGAACACUCCUUUUUUUUUUUGGAGUCAGCAUCAGUCAUAAGUUCGUAUGGUUGUGCCUGGAGGUGUACCAUUCAAAUUUUGUAAUUGUUGAUAUGGAAUGUACAAAUUUGCAAAAAUUUGCAAAAUCAGAACUUUUCUUUUGGUAAUUUCAUUCUUACUAAGUGACUUCAGUACAUAUAUAUGCCAAAUUGUGCUGUUGAUGAUUUUACUUGGAUUUUAUUUCACCAGCUUCCACAGUAACUCUCUUAAUAGUAAACAUCGAAAUAGAAGAGGUAUGAAGUUACUCCACACUGUUCCGAGAUCUUCCUCGUACUACGAGGCUAUCUUUAUGAAGGCACCUAUAACUCUUGCGAACUAAGCAAGCGUAGUGCGUGGAGAACUACUUUUUUCCAAGUGACAAACUAAAAUCAAAUAUCACUACCUAGACUUACUUUUAUGCUGCCAUGUGCUUUUCUGUGAGUAUGGUUCUUAGACUCAAAUGUUGAGCGAACUCUAAAUAUGCAAAGGCUGAUUCUACUUGAUUUUUUAUCCUUCAAGGAUAACCAAAGAAAAAUAAGAUAAGUUGGUCAUAAAUCUCAAGUAUAUUGAUUGGCGUGGAGAUUUCCAGCCUCAGUUUCUUUCUACAGGAUUUGAAUUGUCUUACAGGUCCUACUUAAUUAUAUGAUCCACGACGUUCCUAUCAAUGCCCCAGCAGACAAUGCAUGUUGCACACUUCUUGCUUAAAGUAUUUUUCAUGGAGCAAUGGCAUGGCACACAGGCUUCAUUGUCCGACCUAUCAUCGGGAGACAUGCAUAUACACCAUUUUGUGUUCACGUGUAUCCUCGUUGUUUUGGAACUCAAAAAUUAAUUUCUUCCUUUACCUGUUGCACGCAUGGGUGUUGCAGAAAUGUCCCAUCAUUCAUCUGGGUUUCUAUACAGUUGGCAGUAUCAAAGUUGGCGUUUUUUUUACAAUGGGAUUGGCAGUUUAGUCUUGCUGGUAAGCUUUAUGCUCCGGGAAUUAUGUCUUGGCAGGAUGCAGAACGUGCAGCGAAAUUUAUUUGGCCUCAUCUCAGAAGACACCAUCAAUGGUUUGUUCAGAGCCAAUUUUGCCUCCUCAACGAAAUCCCCAGGAAGAAGCGCAACUGUUUUUACAACAUGGAUCUCAGAGGCGUAACAGAUUACGCUUUCCAUUGAACAAGAACAACCUCGACCUUUUGAUGGAAUGCGUAUUUCAAUCUUCUCGGCUACAGAUUCUGAUGCCGGUGCUUAUUCUUCAUACAACAAUCAAGACCAGCCAGCUUCUUCUUUGAGACCGUCUUCUACCCUGACUGGUGAUGGUGCUAGUACUAGUGGUGUUAAGAAAAGAUUUAGAAGCACUCCCAAUUUGGUUAUAACGUAUGCACCUCAUUCUCCGGCUGCUGAUUUGAAUGAUAAUAUUGUUACUACUCAAGCUGAUGAUACUGCCUCUGUUGAAGAUGAUAACUCUACUUCAAGCAUGGUUAAUGUAUGGGACAUUGCUUCAGCUAAAGCUUACGAUGCUCAGAAUCAUACCGAUGCAUGGCAACAGACUAGGUACCCUAACUAUUGGUUUGAUCCUUCUUUGGGUCUUUCUGGUGGUAUCUCUCUUGCCUGGAAAAAUGGAGUAGACAUUGAAAUCAUGCACACAACCUCUGACUCUAUACAUGCUAUUGUCCAUGCCCAUGAUAAUAAUGUGGAUUUUUUGAUAACUUUUAUGUAUGGUGCUCAUGAGGCUAUAGAGAAUUCUAAUCAGUGGCAGUAUUUGAUUGAUAUGCAUUCAUAUUUUGAUCUUCCUUGGAUUCUUUGGGGGGAUUUAAAUUUCAAUAUGCAUGAUUCAGAAACCCAUAGUUCAAGAGUCACUCAUCCUCAUCAUGCUAGACAUGUUAGGAAUUAUGUUCAACAAUUAGGUCUCAUUGACUUAGGUUACUCAGGAGCUGACAUUACUUGGUCGAAUCAUCGUAGUGGAGAUGAACAUGUCUCUGCUCGUCUAGAUAGGGAUUUAGUGAAUAGUCAAUGGAUCAAUCAUUAUACAACUGCUCGUCUUCAACACUUAAUUCCUAUUGCUUCGGAUCACUGCCCAAUUUUGCUCCAUACGGUUCCUACUGAUAGUAAAAGUUCUCCUUUUAAGCUCUACAAGUGUUGGUUUCAACUGGAUUCAUGUACUGAUGCUAUUUCUCGAAGUUGGCAUCAACAAUAUUCGGGGUCUCCAUCCUUUCAGUUUUCUAGUAAGCUAAAACUUACUAGAACUCAGCUGCAAUUGUGGAAGAGAAUGUCCUUUGGCAACAUCGAAAGUAAUCUUCAAAACAUUCAAAAUCAUAUUCAACGUUGCUAUGACAAUAAUUUGCCUUCUUCUCAUCCUCAGGUUAAACGGUUAAGUUCAUCCUUGCAGCAAUGGCUUUCAAUUCAGAAGGAGUUCUUCAUGCAAAAAGCAGGCCUUGAGCUUCUCCGGGUAAUGAUGGGUUUCAAGCGGCUUUUUAUCAACAAUGCUGGGAUAUUGUCGGCUCAGAGGGUUGGCAAAGUAAAAUUGUUAAUCAAGCUGGAAGAACUACGCAAGUGAAUUCUGUUCUCAGCACCAUGGGCAUUUACCAGAUGCAGGUAUUCAAAUUACCUGAAGCUACCAUCCAACAAAUGGACAGAAUUCAGCGGAAUUAUUGGUGGAACAAUUACAGCAAUCCUCAUUCUCAAAAGUUCAUCUCUUGGAGUAAGGUAUGUUUACCUAAAAGAUUUGGUGGAUUAGGCCUUAAAAAUUUAAGUAAUUACAAAACUUAGUAUUUCUUGCAAAACUGGCCUGGCAAUUAUUACACAACCAAGAUGCUUUGUGGGCGAAAUUGUUGAAAAGCGAACAUUUUCCUCAUAAUGACUUGCAAUUUUUUCCACCACCUGAAAAUUCUAAUUCGAAUUGGAUAUGGCAGAGUAUCUGUAUUUGGCUAGAGAUUGUAUUGAAAAAUGCUAAAUGGCAAAUAGGUAAUGGUUCAAGUAUUAACAUCUGGACCUCUAACUGGAUUCCUUCUUUGAGUUCUACAUUACAAGAUUGGAGUGAUCUAAAUACUUGCAACUAUCAGCGGGUUUCUGAGCUUAUUGACACCAAUAUUGAGCAAUGGAAUGUGCCGUUUCAUCAUCAACUUUUUACACUUGAUCAGCACUCUACUGUCUUAUCUUGGAUUUAGACUUGGCAGUUAAAAGAUUCCUUCUUCAACAUCCAGAAGACUCCUCAGAUUAUUCACUUAGCCAUGUGCAUUAUUCAUCUCAUUUGGAAACUCAGGAGCAUAUGUCAUGGGAAGGGGAGCAUUAAGGAGAGCUAGCAAUGUCCAACAAGCAGAAGCCUGGGCUAUGUUGGACGCUAUGCAACUGGCAUCAACAAAUGGUUGGCCUCAUGUUGUUUAUGAGACUGACAAUCUUGCAAUCUGUUCUUUCUUACAUCAGCAAACUACUCUUUGUCAUUGGCAAAGUUUGCCUUUACUGAGAAAAUGUGUAGAUAUAUGUAACAUUAAUCCUGUGUGGUCUUGUUCCUUUGUGUACAGAGCUUGUAAUAAGGUUGCAGAUGCAAUAGCUAAGGCAGCUCGUAAGUACAAUUUAUGUGGAGAAUGGUGGUUACUCCCACCAGCAAUGUUAAUUCCUUACAUAAGUCAUGAUGUAAGAAAUAUUUCUGUUUAAUAUAUGGUUGCUUCUUUGUUUAAAAAAAAAA